AUGACGGCGGACGGCGAAGGCGGCGGCGAGAAAUCAAAGUUCCGGUGGCUGGACGCGGCGCGCUACGAGGUGGCCGCCGCGGUGACCGUGCUCAUCAUGGCCGUCAUCGUCAACGCCGUGAAGGUGGUCCUUCGCCCCGACUCGCUGCAACUCUCCGUCGACAAAGGCUCCAUCUUCACGGCGCAGUAUCCGCCACAGCUGAUCAUGGAGCUCAAGCUCCGGGCGCAGAACCCCAGCGGCCAGGUCCGGAUGUUCUACGUCAGCGUCACCGGGUACCUGUUCGACAACACGACGUCGGCGUCGGCGUCGUUGGAUCCAGGAUACGAUUCCGUCGUCAUCUUCAAGCCGAAAGACAUGGCCGUGGUCCAGCAGGAGGCACUGGACUGCAGCCUAGGUAUGAAGGUGGUGAGGGAAAAGCAGAUGGAUCCGUCCCACUUCGACGUGCUGUACAAUGGCAGCAGCUUCAGCGACAUGACGCUGCGGCUGGACGGCGACCUCAUCACCGAGGUGACGUCCGAGCUCAACAUGACUCGCCGGACCACCUACUACUGCGAGGAGCUCCUCGUCGGCGGGAACGGGGACGACGAGGCUUUCAAGUACAGGCAGGAUGCCAUUUGCAAGCAGCGAAGGGCCACGAAUUAG